AUGGAAGAACGUUUCUUUAACUACCUUCGCCUUUUAGGCGAGCCUGUUUGGAGGCGCCUUUUUAGGAGGCGAGCUCCAUUGCGCGCCAUUUUACGCAGCCUGGGUGAGCUGGAGCGGCUAAUAAUUUUGAGACUAUUAAACAUUAGGCAGGCUGUUUCAGAGCGUGCAUUGAGAUUGUGGAUGAAUCCGAAUUCGUUUACAGAUUUGCGAAAGGCUUUAUCCUUAUUGCAGUCGUAUCACAUAAUCCAGAUAUCUGAUAAUCGAACAAAGGAAGGGAAGCACCAGUAUGAAUUACAUAAGGACUUUAAGACAUCGCUGCUGGCGGAAAUCUACGACACUUCAACCGAUUUCGACAGCGGAUUGCAGCUGUUGGGCAAUAUAAGCAACACCGUACAAAACGAUUCAAAGAAAAAACCAUCAUUUGCAACGCUUGUAAAGCAUUCGAAAGAACGUCUAGAUUUCCUUGUUCUAUUUUUAGUGUCAAGCCAAGUGCGACGACAUACUCUGAGGGCAAACAAAAUUGCGAAAAAGUUAAAAAAGUUAGAGAAGUCGAAGGACCCCAGUGUAAAAAAUUCUUUGUUAAACAAAAAGAUCAAGUCCUUGGAACACCAGCUAGCAGCACUCAGUAAACGUGGAAGCAUGGUGUCUAUGGAUCUGUUAAAAAUUUUCCAAAGAUUCAACAUGAUAGCAGAAGAUAAUAGGAAAAACAAGGUUCACGGUGCGGACGUAGGCAUGAGCCGGCAGGCAUUAAGCUGGUUGUUGAAGGGUGUCCACGGCCAGUUGAUAAUUCUAUUGGUGGGACACUUACAACAAAUCGAAGGAGGAUAUUUAACGAGUAUGACUGGGUCUAAGCCUACAAAGUUAGAUUUGGACACCAGGGAAUAUAGUGAUAUCACUGGUACUGAUAAAGCAACUGGGGAGAGAGUGGAAUUGGCAAUAACGACAAUUACGGAAUCCAUAGAUUUCCUUUUGUCACUUUCACAAGCCAAAUUUGGUGAUAUAUUUAGUAUUGUUAGUCUAACAAAAACACAGCAGAGGUUGGUAAAGCUUCUGACGGAGAUGGGCAUAUUAUAUGUGGAUUCAACCAAAGGAUAUUUUUACGUAUUUGACCUUACAUUUUUGGUUGGCAGGAAUGAGUCGGACGUCAACCGUACGCCAAGGCUAUCUAUGUCCAUUUGUGGAGCCACAGACAGCAAAAUAGUCGUGCAAAGCAAUUUCAAGGUCUAUGUAUAUACGGCAAACGCCUUACAAAUAAGCGUUUUAAGUCACAUAUGCGAAUUACAGGCAAGGACACCCAAUCUAGUGAUUGGCGUUUUGACGCGGUCAAGCGUUCAGGCUGCUUUCAAAAGCGGCAUUACUGCCGAGCAGAUCAUACGAUUUUUUGAAUCAAAGAGCCAACAUGAAGAUGCCAAUCUGUCUGCAUUGGCAAUGCGAGUGCCGGAAAAUGUGCGACGGCAAUUAAAAAUGUGGGAGGGCGAACGUAACAGGUUAGAGCUCAUUAAUGCUAUAUUGUUCAAGCGCUGGGACACUGAAUUCAUGCCUGAGUUAUUCAAACGGACAGUGAGGUGGGCGCAAGUAAAACGUUAUGAUCUAUUCCAUACACGAUGGCCACCUGAUUUAUACUCUCAAGACUACCAAAUAUGGUUGAAAAACGAAAAGUACUUGGCCUGUACUUUUGAGUCCAAGGAGGAAGUGAUUGACAAGAUCAAGCAAAUUAGAAUGUCAUUAGCGGAAGAAAAAAGCCGUGCGACGUCGGAUUCGACAUAUAGAUAG